AUGGCUAGGCAGGGCAGCCGGGAGCAGCAGGGUAUCACCUUGCGCGGCAGCGCCGAGAUCGUCGCCGAGUUCUUCUCCUAUGGAAUCAACAGCAUCCUCUACCAGCGGGGAAUCUACCCCCCAGAGACCUUUACCCGCGUCCAAAAGUACGGGCUCACCCUCCUCGUCACCACCGAUCCCGAGCUGAAGAAUUACCUCAACAACGUAGUGGAACAGAUGAAAGAGUGGCUUUACAAGUGCAUUGUGCAGCGCUUGGUGGUGGUGAUCUCGAGUAUCGAAAACAAUGAGGUUCUGGAAAGGUGGCAGUUUGACAUCGAGUGUGACAAAACUGCGAAGGAUGAGAGUGCACCACGAGAAAAAUCUCAGAAAAUUAUUCAGGAUGAAAUUCGAUCUGUCAUUAGACAAAUAACUGCCACAGUAACUUUUCUGCCACUGUUGGAAACCGCUUGUGCCUUUGACUUGCUGAUAUACACAGAUAAAGAUUUGGCAGUGCCAGAAAAGUGGGAAGAAUCAGGACCACAAUUCAUAGCCAAUUCAGAAGAGGUUCGUCUUCGUUCCUUCACUACCACAAUCCAUAAAGUAAACAGCAUGGUGGCUUACAAAAAGGAUUCCUUCCCCUGA